AUGGCGGAGACAGACACACUUGCUCAGAAAUGGCUUCAUCUGGCAGUCGAGCCUAGGGAAAAGAAGCCGGUGCUGCUUCAAAUGGUUGUCGACUCCCUGUCGCGCACCCGCUUGUUGUUUCUGCUGCCGCUCAGUGUGUCCCCUGCUGCAAAUCCUCCCCCUGAGCAACGUCUCUUCGAGGUGUUGUUGCCCUCUUCAGCAGCAGCGGUAUUUGUCGAAAGACUAAGAUGCGUGCCAUGCUAA